AUGCCUUCCAUCGUCGACACGGUGCUGCACGACCCGCGCAAACGCGUCCUCGCUGCCGACGACGCCGUCUCUCGCCCGCUCAAGCGCACCAAGCACUCGCUCGCUCGCAACGCGCAACGGGCACACGCUGGGACUGUGGGACUCGCUGGGACGGUCAACGGAGAGUCUGCGAGGCUCGUCACCCGCUCGCCAGAGACCGGGGCGCAGGCGCUCAUCGUGACUCGUUCAAGGCCCUUUCACAUCGGCCGCUCGCCCAACAACGACUACAUCGUCCCGCACCCGGCCGUCUCGGCGCGACACUGCGCCCUCUACGCCCUCGAGGCCGACACGGGCGAAGUCGUCGUCUGCCUCGAGGACGAAUCCACCAACGGCACACUACACAACGACCGCAAGGUCAGACACACCACCGUCGUUCUCAAUGACGGCGACAAGGUCGAGAUCGGCGGCCAGGUCUUUCGCUACCACCACACGGCUCGCGAUGCAGCAGCGCGACAGGACGCGGCCUCUGACGCCGCCCCUCAGCGCGUCGGCGACUACCUCGUCCUCCCGCGCACGCUUGGCAGCGGCGCCUUCUCCCAAGUCCACCUCGCACUCUCGACGGUCACGCUGAAGCAGGUCGCGUGCAAGAAGCUCCCGCGCCGCCGCGUCUCGGGCGACAGGCUCCUCGUCAUUCAGCGCGAGAUCGACAUGCUCAAGUCCGCCCGCCACCCUGGCAUCAACAAGAUCGAGGCGGUCGAGGUCGACAACGAGUUUGUGCACAUUUUCCUCGAGCUUGUUCCCGGAGGCGACCUCUUCACCUACCUGAUCACGCGCACCCGCCUCGACGCACCCGAAGCCAAAUGGAUCCUCUACCAGCUCCUCAAAGCCCUCGAGUACCUCCACGACGAGCUCGGAGUCGCGCAUAGGGACGUCAAGCUUGAGAACGUGAUCUUGGCGACGAGGGGACCGUUCCCGAGGGUACAGCUUGGCGACUUUGGGCAGGCCCGCUACGCUGACCAGAGGUUCAAGUCGCUUCAGGGCACACUGCAGUACAUGGCGCCGGAACAGCUGCUCGCUUGGACUCGUCACGAAGGCUACGACGGCAAGAAGGCCGACAUCUGGGCGGCUGGCAUCCUCUUCGCGCUCCUCCUCACCGGCGGCCACCCCUUUGAGCCCUUCAUGACCUCGUCCUCCGCCGCCUCCGCUCGCUACCGCCCGCACGGCAAAGCCAAAGCCGACUCGGACGCCCUCUUCGGUCGCUCUGCCGUCGCUGAACUCGCGCGCACGCCGGCUGACAAGCCUGUGUGCAAGAACGUCGUCAAGGGGGAGAUGGUCUUGCCGGACAUGCACUUCGGAAGUGGAGAUGCGGAUGUUCGCGCCCUCUUGAACUCGAUGCUCCACCCGCUCGCCUCGUCCCGCUGCACAGCACACCAAGCCCUCCAGUCUCACUGGUUCAAGUCAAGCGAAGCGCAGCUCGAAGAACUCUACAGGCGCGUCGUGGUCGAGCGCACGGAGGGGUAG